AUGGAGUUCCUUCUUGCAUUCCCAGCUUCUUCGUUUGUUGCUUUGUCUUCUUUCUUAGUCUUCAUAUACUGUUUACUGUGGAUUUCAAGAAGUAAUCGACUAUAUAGCAAGGGUUUACGUUUACCUCCGGAAGCUGGCGGCGCAUGGCCUUUACUUGGCCACCUUCCUCUAUUCGGAGGAACAAAACCUCCUCAUGUAGUGCUGGGCAAUCUGGCUGACAAAUACGGGCCAAUCUUCACUAUCAAGAUGGGCGUGCAUCGUACUGCCAUCGUGAGCAGUUGGGAAUUGGCUAAAGAGUGUCUCACUACCAACGAUAAAGUCUUCGCCAACCGUCCGAAGAUGUUAAUGUCCGAGAUCCUUGGCUAUAAUUACGCCAUGGUUGGCUUCAGCCCGUACGGACAUUACUGGCGUCAAAUUCGGAAGAUAGCCACGCUCGAACUCCUCUCCACCCACCGACUCAAGACGUUCAGGCAUAUACGAGAAUCCGAGGCAAGAGCUGGCCUAAAAGAGAUAUACGAACUAUGGAACAAGAAUAAAAGUAGUAGUGAUGAAAAUAAAGUGAUGCUGGAAAUGAAGAAAUGGUUUGGAGACAUAGCGUUAAACGUGAUUUACAGGAUAAUUGUAGGGAAGAGAUAUGUGGGAAAUACAUCAUCAAAUGAGGCUGAAGAGGACGAUCCGUGGCGAGAUUCAAUAAGGAAAUGGUUUGAAUUGGCGGGGAAAUUUGCAGUGUCUGAUGCAAUCCCGUCUCUGAGGUGGUUGGAUUUGGGCGGAAUUGAAAAGGCUAUGAAGAAUACAAUGAAAGAAUUAGAUUAUUAUGUUCAAAAAUGGUUAGAAGAGCACAAGCGGAAGAGAGUCUCUAGGGAGGUGAAGGGCGAUGAAGACUUCAUGGACGUGAUGCUGUCCAUUGUAGAAGACACAGCAGAAGACUUCGCCAAUCAUGAUACUGAUACUAGCAUUAAAGCUACAUGUCUGGCUCUUAUCAUGGCGGCUUCAGAUACCACAACAGUGACUUUGACAUGGGGUCUUUCACUGUUACUCAACAACCGUGAUGUCCUACAGAAAGCGCAACAGGAAUUAGACACCCACAUCGGUAGAGAGAGGUUGCCGAAUGAAUCAGACAUGAAGAACUUGGUCUAUCUCCAAGCAAUCAUCAAGGAAACGCUGCGUUUAAGCCCAGCUGCAGCGAUGACAGUUACACACGAGUCUUUAGCUGAGUGCACAGCGGGGGGCUACCAUAUUCCUGCAGGCACAAGACUAUUUGUUAAUCUCUGGAAGGUUCAUCAUGAUCCACGUAUAUGGCCAGAUCCUGAUAAGUUCAAGCCAGAAAGGUUUCUUACAACCCACAAGGAUUUCGACAUUAAAGGUGGGAACUUUGAAUAUAUACCGUUUAGUAGCGGUAGAAGAAUGUGCCCUGGGUUCUUAUUUGCAUCUCAGAAUAUGCAGCUAACGAUGGCUACAUUGCUCCAUGGAUUUGAAAUUUCAACUACGUCAGAUGAAAUGGUUGAUUUGGGAGAGAAUUUCGGGACAACCAACCUCAGAUUCUCCAAACUACAAGUCCAUCUCACACCACGCCUUCCCCUCCAUCUUUACCAACAGAAUGACUAG